AUGAACACAAACAAGACCCUUUUUAACCAGCAAAACAAUAGCUCCACUCUUCCUGCCCUUGUUGGACCUCGGUUUACGUUGGUCUCGUCCCGUCCCAUGAACGAGAACAAUGCGAGUCUCUUCGUCGGUAUUCGUGGCUUCGAGGGUCCAGGUAGUCCAGAUCCAGCAUCAAGCUGGGAUCUAGAAUUUGUGGCUGAAAUGGUAACCAGUUCCUCGAGUGCUCCUCUCGGCUCGUUUGGCGAAGUUGAGAAAACACAUGAGACAAUUGCCCUGGCACCUUACACAGCUGAUGGAUCUCCGGGAGGGGACGAUGAGUUCCUCGGCAAGCCCGUCGACUUGCCUGAUUUCGAUCAAGGCACAAAGACAGACAGAGUCCCUCUCGAGCUGAACUAUCUACUGAAGCGGAGACUGCUGCAAAGCUCUUCUGCCGAACGCCCUGAUGGCUACAAUCUGCACGAGCCUUGCAAGGCUCUCAAGAGAAUCGAACAAUUACCCCGUGAGUCGACAAGCAGACCGACACCGACACGCGCAUCUAAGCUCCGAUCCCGUCGACACUGUUUUUAUUUUCUUACAAAGGGAGCUAGAGGCUACUUAGAAUUUACAAUUGUCCAUUUCAAUAUUCUGAAAAUGCUGGCCAUUUUUCUAUGUUUCUUUUUUGCACUCGCAAGUGCCUAUCCAGCGCGAGGCCCUUGCACAGGAGACUGCUGGACUCAUGAUCCAUCACUGAUUCGUCGCGUGUCCGAUGGCACUUAUUUUCGAUUCUCUACCGGUACUGGUGUCAACACGAUGACCUCUCCAUCGCUGACGGGACCGUGGGUGGACGUUGGUCCAGCAAUGCCAGAUGGCUCCAUCAUCCGCGUUGAUGGGGUUGACAGCAAGAAUAUUUGGGCCCCCGACGUGCAUUAUCAAGAUGGACUUUACUACAUGUACUACGUACUCUCCAAACUGGGCACCCAAAACUCCGAGAUUGGCGUGGCCACCUCGCCGACGAUGGAACCCAAGUCAUGGACCGACCACGGCAUCGUUGGAAUCCCUGCCAACAGCGCCUACAAUCGGAUCGAUCCGAACUGGAUCGAGGUGGAUGGGAAACAGUACCUUCAAUUCGGCUCCUACUGGCAAGGAUUAUUCCAAAUUCCCAUGGAAAGUCCUCUGCAUGUCGAAUCCGGCUCACCGCACCAACUUGCUCUCAAUUCAAGCUUAAAUCAUCGCAUCGAAGCUCCUUUCUUGUAUCAACAUGAUAGCUACUACUAUCUAUUUUAUAGUGGCGGUAUCGCUGGCUCCUAUACCGCUACAUCCCCGCCACCAGGCGAGGAAUACCGCAUCGACGUCUGCCGCUCGUCGAGUGCGACUGGUGAAUUUGUUGAUCAAACAGGCAAAUCUUGCCGGGAAUCAGGUGGUACUUUGAUCCUCGCCAGUCAUGACCAGGUGUAUGCACCCGGAGGACAAGGCAUUCUGGACGACGAGGAUCUCGGCCCUAUUCUCUACUACCACUACUAUUCCCUCACGGCCAAACAAAGCGGCGGCACCGGCAUCGAUGGCUAUCUUUACGGCUGGAAUGAGCUGGACUUUUCAACGGGCUGGCCCGUCGUCAAGGCAGUCUGA